GUAUAUAAACACACAUAUGAAAAAAAAAAAAUGCCCUUAAUAUUUCUAUCAUCACAUCCCUCCUAAUUUUAUUAUAAUUGUAUGUAGAAAAGAAACCGAUAACAAUGAAUACAAUCUCAAAAGAGAAAUUACAGGCGAAAAGUAUGUUUGAAAGUCGAUUUAUUCAGAAUGAAGAGGUAUCACUCACAAAGUUAAUCUCAAUCGAGAGUAACAAGGCGACACAAGUAGCUAAAGAUACGCAACGUCGUGCACCUGCACCCGCCAUGUAUUGGUCCUGUCCUCAAAUCUAUGGUGAUAUACCUCCCAAGAUCCGAGCCCAUGCCAGUGUCGUAUUGGGUGAUAAAAUGUUUGUAUUCGGUGGUACGAGUAAAACACUGUGCUCGGACACCCUGUAUGUCCUAGAAUUAGGUAUUUCCCACACACACACACACACACACAGGAGAAAAUAUAGACGACUAAACAAAUUAUCCUGUGUAGACACAUUUACAUGGUAUGUCCCAAUGGUAUUUGGAACAGCUCCUCCUCCUUGCCGAGCCCAUUGCUUAUGUGCAGAUAAUACGCUAGGUAAAAUAUAUUUAUUUGGUGGAGGCGAUGGACAGAAAUAUCACAAUCAUCUGUACAUUUUGGAUACGAGUACAAUGAAUUGGACCCGCCCUAAAACAACGGGAGAAAAGCCAUCUGAACGUCGAGCACAUGUGACAGCCUUAUGGAAAGAUUGGCUCUAUGUAUUUGGAGGUGGGAAUGGGACAAGAGCACUAAAUGAUGUUUAUCGAUUGAAUCUAAAGACAAGAGAAUGGGAGUCUGUGCACCCUACCGGAAUUCAACCCAUUUCGAGAGGUUAUCAUACGGGAACACUUGUUGGUAACAAAUGGAUCAUCUUUGGUGGCUCAGACGGGAAAGAAUGCUUUGGUGGCAUUCAUGUGUUAGAUUUGGAAACAGAGUGUUGGUUUCCUGUACAAUUGGAUCCACAGAUGCCUCGACUAUCACAUUCAGCAAUUUGUGUAGGCUCUUUUCUAUUUGUUUUUGCAGGACAUGAUGGAGCCAAGUACUGUAAUGAUCUACUCAUGUUAAAUCUAGUAAAUAUGACUUGGGAGACUAAAGUGGUAUAUGGACAGGCACCAACACCGCGUGGCUAUCAUACCACUGUUCUCUAUGAUAGCCGUAUCUACUUGUUUGGUGGUUAUAAUGGCACAAGUUUCUCUAGCGAUGUCUAUAUCCUUGAUCUAUCGUCUUAUGCUUACUUGCCUCAAAUUAUGAACUUUGAAAUUCUUCAUUAAAACUCCCUUCAUUUUUAUUAUUUUUCCCCCGUUCU